AUGGAAGUGAAGCAAGUACAGUACACCCAGAGCAAUCAUGCCGAACGACUUCUGCGUUUGGAAAAGAAGCAGGCAGAUGACGCUGCCUUGAAAUCUGUCUGGAAUUCCCCUUUCCCUGGUGUCUUGAGUGGUACCCCACAGACAGGACCCGUUUCCAUCCCGCACAAUGACAUGUUCGAUGAUUUGGAUGAGCAGGGCGAGGAACUGUUGGGGUCUCUUCAUCUUGGACCGGCAGAGGAGGAGCCUGUUCGUCGCGGGGCUGCUUCGCGGGCCAAUAGUGUUCGAUUCGAUGAGAGCGCCUUGCACGGGUCGAGUUGGGGUGGCCCAGCUAACCGCCACUCAGGAGACUUUGGACCUGUCCGCCCUGGGAGCGGUCUCAUGAUGGAACGUUCCCUGUCCCACAAGUCGGACGGACGACAUAGUUCUGCCGGACAUUCAGUACAUUCCCACCACUCUGUUGCCUCUGGCCGAGCUAGUAGCUUGGGUCUCGACAACAACUUUGCUGUUGGAGACGACGACGACGAUUCUUUUGAAAUCCCUGGACCCCCUCCUGCUCUCUUCGUCCUCGGCACAGUGCCCUCAAUUGUGCGAUGCUGGCUGACCCCUAACUUUGGGCAUUCCACCCUCCUUUAUGCCGACGUCUGCAGUGGCUCGCAAAAGUCGACAGUUGACUAUUCACUGCUGAGGGAACUGGAUCUAGUAGAUGAGAUUCAACGCGAUGUUGACGGUAUUCAUCGCGUGAGAUUGAACGUCUACUUCGCAGAGGCCCUCUCCACCCACCAUGGCAGUCGCUCCAGUAGCCCGCGGCCCCCUGUUCCUUCGAUCACGGUGCUCUUUGAGGUUCCCGGAAUUACAGAUCAGCCUGUUCAAGCAGUUGACCGCAAGGCUAUUCGUAUCUAUCUGGGCAGUGAUGUCCUAAGAGCUCAUUCUGCAGAUAUCCUGUUCUCACAGAACACCAUGACACUUCGUGGCGACGAGCGAGAACGACUCCAGAUUCCAUUUGUCCGCCCGGAAGAUGAAAAUACUUUUCGCAACAUCUGCACUGCAAACAUCGUUCCCGAGAAACCCAAGCUAAACGCCAAUGCUGCACCGUUCGUCUCCGGCGAUUUCAGCCAGGCUAGCCAAGAAAGCAUUCACGACAUGGAGCCCACCACCAACCAGGACUAUGAAUCCCGCAGCGAAAUGUCGCCAAUGGCAAGCGAGGUAGUCCUUAAUAAGCGUCCUGGCUCCAGAGGUAGCUUGUCUGGCGCGGAAAGCGAGCAGUCCCGAAGGGUCACCAAUGGUGACGAGGCGAGCCCCAGGAAUGGCCACUCUUCAUCUGAGGCUACUCGACGGGAGCCGUCUUCGGGUAUCUGGGGAUCCUGGCGCCAUGGGCUAGGAAACGGGACAGACGGUUCACAGCGAGACGGGUCGCUGAGCGGAUACCAACCCGCUGGUCGGGGUCGCAAUAUGAAAGUCUUGAAGCCCCAGAAGUCAGUCUCGAGGGCAGAUUCUUCAUACGAUACCGCUUCUUCAACCAAAGGUUCGCUGGACAGCCGGCGCAAGAGUCAAGCCAGUGUUGGAGAGAACGGUGUUGCCCUUGCCAACAGAUGGGAGGCUAAGCGUGUAAUGAGUGUGGGCGGUGCCGAGCACAAGGCGCAAUCUCAGUCACAGUCGUCAUUGUCAUCUACAAACCGCGAGGGGCGUAAUAGCAUUGCAACCCCCAACAAUACCUUGCCCAGGUCUGCCAACCCAGUCGGUGUUGCUUCAGCAUUUUCGUGGAUGACACCCACAUCGAAGCCCAAGACUACCGCAGGCUCGGAAUAG